UAACAUAUAUAGUGUUCCAGAUAUUCAAGUUUUUUUAAUGGAAAGAUCGAUUUUCAUAAUCUUCCCACAAACAAGGUUCUGAAACGAAGACUAAAACUUGUCAGUAACGAAAUCAUGGCCGAGAUUACCGAGACCGAGAUUUGGGUCUCGGUACACCCCUAGCUGGGAGCAAAGAAUUAAAAAUUCGGUGUUUAAAUCCGCUUUAGAGGUACUUCGAAGCUACUGCUAAACGAUGUUAGCGACACUUCUAUUAAAUCUUACUCAACUAUCAGUCGGAUUUCACUGUACUGUACACCCUAAGUAGUAUACAUUUUAUUGGAUUUGGACGAAAAAGAUAUAAUUAGAAUGGGGGCGAACUGACAUUGUAUUGGAGCAGUAUGGAAUUUGAGUUCCAAUAGAGUGUUACUUGCUAUACAGAUUAAUCGAACUAUUUUUGAGACUUUCGUUUGCCGUUUUCCAGUGAUGUUGAAUUCUCUUUGAACUCAAUAUGAUAGGUUUGUCUAGAACGUUCUCUCAAAAUAUUUGUUUUUCUUGAAAAAGCUAUUCUGAGAUAACUUUUAAGACAACCUCUCAUAGUGCAGGAUCAACGGAUGAAAAUAUAGAAAUCACACAGGAAUGUAAAGUAAACAAUCCUUAAGUAGAGAAAUGUGAGAAAGUCUAAUAGUCAGAAUCCUUGAUGCUUUCAAUCAACAAAGUGCGUUUAUCUCCCCAUUUUUUUGCUAUUUGUUUGAUUUACCAAGGAGUCUCAUCGCUCAUGUCCCAUAUUCAUAUAAUGAGAGAGUAUGGUUCGUUAGAUUACCAAAUAUUUUUAUCCAAGUCCAGGACAAGCAAUCCUUGCGGCCGGAUCCCGAUCCGGAUAUCAUCGGAUUUUGUCGGAAUCCGACAAAAUCUGGCAAAAUCUGGACGAAUCCGGCACGGGUUCUGUCGGAUCCGGAGGUCGGAAUCCGACCGCAAAGAUUUUGGUAGUUUCCGACAGAAACCGACCGGAAUUUGUCCCCGUCCGACAAGAUCCGACACCACCAACUUGACCUGGCAGGACUCUUCACUCGAAAGUAUGACACCAUUAUAUAAUGCAGUCCAUCACUACUAGAAAUCUCAAUGUUCCGAUAAUUAUCUCUAUAGGAUUAAACAUGUCGUAGUGUUCUUGACGUACGCACGCGACUCAUUGAGGCGCAGAAAGAAGAGCCUAAGUAGUGUUUAUCUCUGUCCAUCUAGUGGCUGAAUACUUCCAUGUAAUAAUCUUGCGAUUAUCUUGCAAUCUUUCGUUUUUUCUCUUUCACCUCGAAAUCUGAAGGGAAGCGGAGAAAUGCAAUUUCACUAUGAACUCAUCAGUUUAUACAGCACUGCACUAAAUUUGACCGGUUUACUGUUCAGAUCAUGUCCGCUACGUUUCGGACCUGUCCCACAGAAACGGUCGACUUUUUCAAUCGACUCGAGUUCUGAUUAGAUUGUAUCAGAAAUAUGAGCAUUUUAAGACUGAUAAAGAUGAUCAAAAAUCAGUUGUCUUGGGCUUGGAGAGUGUUACAAGAGGCUCACAAGUUGCAAAGUAAUAAUCCCUAUCAAUAUUAUUGUGAAAGGCGUGAAGUUUGCAUUGACGAACGACAAAAACACUUUAGGGGGUUAUCAGUGCUUGUAAGGGGAUCACUACUUAUUUCUAUGUUUGAUCUACCUAAUCGAUCAUCAUAACUGAAGAACGAUGGAAAAAAAUCAGGAAAAUCGGGAAAAAUAGGUGAAAUCAGGACGAAUCAGGACACUCUUGCAAAAAUCAGGAAAAAAUCAGGAAAGUAGUGCCGCUGCGACCACUGCAUCAGCUACACCCACAUCCACACUUUGAACUGCAUAAAAGGCUACGAAUUCAUUCUCGACAUUGUCAGGCAUCCAUCGAUAUUCAAUGUUGUUUUUUUUUGUUAAUGAAUUUUUAGUCUGAUGAUCUGACAUCUGUAGUCAAUGAAGAAGCAAAUUCAAGUCCUCCAGAAUCUCAAUCAACAUCAUCAUUAUCGGCAACAACAUCGUCAGAAAUUGCUGUAUCAUCUCAAACACUAACACCAAUAAACAAUGAUGAAAAAUAUCAAGCAUCACUAAAACAACGUUUGCAUUAUGAUCGUCAUGAACUUUUAAGUAUUCGUGAUAAAUUAUCACCAUUUCCAAUCCCAGAAAAUCUUCCACUUCUUGAUAUUGUUAUUAAUCGUCAUGGCGAUAAUCGUCCUCCAUAUACGGGUACAAGUAACCCAAGGAGUAUGAAUCCUACAUUUCAUCGACAAUCAUUCUCAAGUUCUCGUCCAUCAUCAACACAUAAAAAUAAUCCAAAGCGUUCAAAUGAUUCAGGACAUAAAUCAGUUACCAAUGUAUUCCAUGAACCUGUUGUAGGUAAUCGAGUUGAAAAUUCCAACAGAUCAGAAGAACCAAAUCAAAAUGUCCUUAAUCAUAAAAUAUUGCAUAAGAUUAUAUUAAUUUUAAAUGACCUUACACCACAGACAUAUGAUAAAUUACAGAAAAAAAUUGAAGAAUUGAACACUGAUCACUAUGAAAUAUUAGAAGGAAUGAUUAGCAUAAUUGUUUCUAAAGCUGCUGAUGGCCGAGAAUUUGGUUCUCUUUAUGUAAGAUUAUGUGAAAAUUUUCAAAAAAAAGAAGUCAUUUUAUCAAGUGAAGGUGGUAAUACAAUAACAUAUAAUUUUUGUCAAAUAUUAUUAAAUUGUUGUCAAAAAAAACUCGAGAAUAAUAAUAAACAAGAAAUUGAAUGUGAACAACAAAAAGCUGCAGUUGACGCUAUUGGAAAUAAAAGACAACAUAAAGAAGAAGCAGACAAGUUAGAUGAAGAUCUUAUUGAAGCUAAAAGAAGAAAAUUAAGAAUUAUUUCUUUUAUUGGUGAUUUGUUUUCGUUACGCAUGUUACCUGAUACUAUCGUAUAUGAGUGUAUUGAAUGUUUACUUCGUGAUAAAACUGAUGAAGAAAGUCUUGAACAUUUAUGUCAUCUUUUGCAUAGUAUUGGUAAAGAACUUGAUAGCAAAGCUGAUGAAACACCUACACAUAAAUCAAAUUUGGAAAAAUAUUAUCGUAAGUUAUAUACUAUUUUUCAAGAACAGAAAAUAUCAACACAUAUUCGUUCCAUGAUUCACGAUCUUAUCAAUUUAAGACAAGCUUCAUGGACAACUAUUCAUGCUGAAGCCAAGCCAACAACAAUAUAUGAUAGUCAUGAACAAGAGCGUUUAAAACUUGACCAGGAGCGUGGACCACAACAAAGCCGUGCCACUGUUAUUAAUAGUACCUAUAGCAAAGAUAAUCGACUACAGUAUAAUGAUGGAUGUGGCAGUCGUGAUAGUCGAAUAAAACAACAAUCGAAUAGACAUGAAGAAGACAAGGUAGAAAAUCAUUUUAAUGUUAAUAGUGUCAGACAAUUACAGUCAAAUGAUAAGCAAAAUCAAAGAUCAUUUUCAAUGCGUUUAUCACCACAAUAUACUUGGAGAAAAGGAUCAGACAUUGAAAAGAGACUUGAAGAAGAUCGAUCAUUAACCGAACGUACUGAGAAAUCACCUGUUGGCUCGAUUCAACAACUCAAAAGUGAAAUUCCAUUGAAUGUAUCAUUUAAUAAAGAAAAAAUUGAAGCUCAUGUACAUUCGUUGAUUAAAGAAUAUACUGAAAAUUAUUCCGAAUCAACUGAUCAACCUGUUAAAAAAGUAUUGGAAGAUUUAUCUGCAUUUCGUACGGCGAGAAUCGAUCAACAAGUUAUGUUUGUUCGAGAAUUAUUUACUAAUGGUUUACAAGCUAAACAAGAUGAUCGUAAAGCUGUAGGACGUUUACUUGAUGCUGCACUUAAUAGAGGGAUUUUAUUUACUAAUACAUUUCUUUCUGGUUUUAAACUGAUUGUUGAUGCUGCGCCAGAUUAUGUCAUUGGCAUUCCUUUAAUUUGGCAAUAUAUUAGUGAAGUUAUUGGCGCAUUUAUCGCUGCUUCGACUUCAAAUAUGGCACUACUUAAAUCUAUAUUAGAUUGUGUUCCUGACAAUAAAUCGAAACAAUUAUUUCAAUUACAACUUAUAUAA